GGCCAAGCACCGGCGGAAGUGCAGCGAAAUGGGCUUGGCUUUGUUGCCCGCAUCUGCUGCGAAAUUUGAAUCAUGCAUCGAGAUUCAUCGUCUUUGAAAGCUUUGUUUCGCUGCAGGGACUCAUCAAACGGAAAACCACCCAGGACCGUUCGGAAGACGAGAGCGUCGCACGAAGCGAAGCUCGUUGUCGUGGACGCUGCGCUGACGUGACGGCCUCGCAAGGCGACGUCUAAUAGCAUAGCACGCUGCUGUCUAAAUGUCCAUCCAUUCUGCUAGGGUGAAGGCCGCUGGAGCGACUGCCAAGAUGGCAAUGGAGCAUCUGCUAUCUGUAAGGCCAAAGGAUACGAGUAGUCAUCAGCAACAGCUGAACGAGCUGAUACUAGUUGCACCAUCACUGUGGUGAGCAGAUUCUGCCGUGUCACUGGCGAGCGCUGGAUCAAAGUUGUGGAAGUUUGCGACGACAAUAGCGGCGCUCCUGGUGGCGCUACAACCUUGGAAAUCCCUGACCAAACCGGCCUGCUCGAGAUGUCGUGUCUUUCCGCCGUUAGAGUACAUCGAUCUUGUUGCAAGCCUCACCACCGGUCACCUGCACCAACCUCACAAAUUCUCGGCGAGCAUCGAUAGGCAGACACCAUGACAUUAUCACCUUAGUCGAGCGCCACCACUAACGGAGAAUACCCGCUGGAGUAUCUGCUGUUGCAGCGCAAACAAGUAACCAAGUCUCGAUCGGAGAAUGUAUACAAGAUGUCCAACGGAGACUGCAAUCUGGAUUUUUGUGAUUCCUACGUGUCUCGCUUGCCCGUGUGACUCAACAAGCUUGCAAUGCUCUCAGCUGAAGAAGAAUACCCACAUGCAUGAGUCAUGGUUGGUAUUCUUCAGUUUUCUUGACGAGUUAACCUUUUUUAGAAAAGUGCUUUUUACUUGCCCGUUCUCAGCAGAAUAUUAUAAAAAGUGCUUUUUCAAGUGUCCAACUCGCAAAGAGACAGCAUUCGCGGCCUCAAAGCUCAUCUGUCCGCCUCCAUGCGCGUGCAAGCCCUCAUCGCGCUAUCCACGGCCGUCGCCUCCGCUUCGGCCGCUCGGACAGACCGCUCUCUUGGUGCUUUCGUAGACUGCCCUUCUGUGCGCUCAGACGGAUCUCCAUGCCUCUGGGCCGGUCAGAACGGAGAGAUCGUCGACUCGAAGACCCUACGCGACCUCCUCGUCCAGCGCAACCUCGUGUCAUUCAGCGAGCGCGACGGCCUCACCCGCAACCUGCAGGCGCACAUGACGUACAUCGAGGACGUGCACAUGUACGCCAAGAGCGUGGGCCACGAGUUCUCGUACCACAUGGGUGUGAACGAACGCCACUUGACGUCGUCCCCCAAGCGUCGCCUCUCUCCUCAGGGGCUUGUGGAUCAGGAGGUCAAGUCGGCACACUCACGUCGCCUCAAGGCGGAGGCCAGCGGCAGUACAGCCUCCACCACUAGCACGGUGUCGAGCUCCGGUAGCUCCGAGUACUGGAACUGGUGUGACACAGACAACUCGUUCGGCUACAGUGUGUGCUCCUCCGUCAAGAGUCAGCAAAACUGCGGCAGUUGCUGGGCUUUCGCUGCGGCCGAUGCCAUUGAGACGGCCGUCGUCAUCGCCGAGAACGCGUCAGCGGCUGUGUCGCUCUCUCCGCAGCAAUUUCUAACGUGCAGUACGUUGGAGACGACACAGACCUUCGACUACUGCUGGGCUUCAGACAGCGGCGUGGACGGUGCCAGCUGGAUGGAGACCGAGAUAAAAUGGGAAUCACAGAAUAAUGGCUGCAAUGGUGGCAUGACUCACGGCGCCUUCAUUGACGCGGCACAGAAUGGGUGGGGGCUUGUGACCGAGCUUACAAUGCCGUACGACGACUCCAGCUCGGGUAGCACGUCUUCGAAUAAUGUGUCAUCGACGUGCACUGUGAGUGAUAAUGAGACGGCUGCCAGUAUUACAGGCUGGGAACAGGUUGUGGGCACGGACUGCACGGCUUCGAACAACUGCACGACCUUGCUCCGCACCGCGUUGGAGAAGCAGCCGAUUGCUGUGGCAAUAAACUCGGAGGACCCUUUUGGUGAAUACGCUGGCGGCUUUUACAGCUGUCCAAACGACGGCGAUCUGUCUUCGAAGGACGAUGUGAAUCACGCGCUUGUGCUCGUAGGCUACGGUACUGACGCCUCGGUGGGAGACUACUGGAUCCUCAAAAAUUCGUAUGGCAGCUCAUGGGGAGCUAGCGGCUUCAUGAAGCUUGUAGCAGACUCCAAGGUGAACUGCGGUCUAAACAUUUUCCCCGUCAUCCCUACGGGUGCAUCGGCCGGAGCUGCGGCAACCACUAGCGUUGAUAGUGGCGGGGAUAAGGUCUUUGUUGGUCUCAGUCCGACAAAUUGGAUUGUCGUCGCGGCAGUGACGACGAUUUUCACGAUUGUGAUGACCGCCAUUGGCAUGAUCAUCUCACAGCGGAAGCUCAAGUCGAUCCGUAAGCAAAACUCUGUCAUGUACGCGGGCCGUGCCCCGGUGAACGCACAGCAGACAAUGGCGCACUAGGCUCGUUACCCAUGGCGUCUGGACGAGCCGAGUAAUCUGUCCGCUACGAACACACUAGUUUGACAAUUCUGGCCGCCUUUUUGACUCGUGUAGCUUCAUAUUCAUCAGAAACGAUACAUAAAACAAUGUUAGCAUUGGGGUAGUUCUGCUGGCGACGGCACUUACUUUACAGCGAUGCAAUUUCGCCUUGAAAAUAUGAAUCAAUCGAAGAAGUCUUGGUUUGCGUUCACUCGCGCGUAGCAGAGCGAUAAGCCGACUGAAACAUUUAUAAUACUUCCAGAGGAA